GGGAGGCUGGAAAGCCAAAGUGGCAGAGAUUGUGGAGGGCCAUGGGCGGCAAAAGCUUCGACUUUCUCUUCACUUCCUCCGCCCUACAAAUACUCAGCACUCCCCCCCUUCUUCUCAUACCUUGCAGGACUAAUUAAAUCCCCUGCUUCCCUCUCGUUUCGCCCCUCCUCCUACGUCCUCAGCUGUCUCACAAUCACCAAAGGACGCGCCUUUAAUGGCGGAUAUCACUGUAUCUCUUCCCCAACCAUGCCUGCGAACCAAUUUCACCUCCGGCUACCAAUUCCACCCUCCGGCAACACCGGAACCCAACAUUUGGUUAACGAAAAUGAGCGUCCUUGCGCAGGAGGAAGACAAGGAGAGAAUCGAUAUCUGGAACUCAAUCCAGAGCGAAAAACAGAACACCAAAUCUCCAUCACCGCCCUACAUCCACCCUCUUCGCUCUUCCACUCUCAUGAGCCAAAAGAGCUUAGAGAUUUGCACUGAAAGCCUCGGUUCCGAGACCGGCUCCGAUGGAUUCUCCUCCGGCGACGAAUUUGACUUCUUCUCUUCCUCGGAUUCCGAAACAGAGAAAGCAACAGAGGAAGAAACAGAAGAAGAAGCAGGGGAGGAAACAGGGGAAGUGAAGAAGGAGAAAAAAGAACUCCCGACUGUCAAUUACCACUGCUCCAUCGGCCGGCGAUCUCCGGCGAGGUCUUUCCCUCCUCCUCUUUCUUCCAUCUCUCGCCGCGACGGCCCUUGCCUCAAGAUGCUCCCUCACCGACGCGAUGGCCGCCUCGUUGUUGAAGCCAUCCCCGUCCCCUCUCAGACUUACCUCCACGCCGAACGCCACGGCGGCCGUCUCCUACUCUCCUUCAUCAACUCCUCCUCUCCCUCAAACACAACUCCCUCCAUUCCUCUCCCACAGAAAAAAGCAGAACCAGAAGAAGAAGAAGAAGCAGAGGAAGUUGAAGAAGAAGAAGAAGAAGUGGAAGUGGUAGACAGGGGAACCAUAGUGGAAGUCAAAGUCAGCGGCUUGGCAGCAGUGAAAGUCCACCGCUCUUCUCUCGUCAUCAACAAAUUCGUCGUCGGCUCCCCCCUCACCGCCGCCGAUGUUAGUCAGCCCGCCACCACAACGGCGGCGGCAGCGGCGGUGGCGGCGUCCUCCAUAAGCGCUCCGGCUUCCACGUCAGAGGGAUUCCACUACAACUAUCUUCACCACCAUCAGGACACCCCGUGGGGCCCGCAGUCGCUGGCCGCGGCCGCGACGGCGGACGCGAAGCUUCUGUUUGCGUCGAGGAGGCUGAGAAGGGAGGAGUUGCUGUUGCUUCAUGAUAUGCGGCGGUGCAGCGAGCUCCGGCGGCCGCUGUUCAUUUUCGAGCAGCCCCAUUGCAUUGCGACUUCAUCUUGAUGGCCGGGCCGAGAUUUCUGCAUUGGAUUUUGACUCGUAGCUAUCCGUUCUUCAUAUCUUAUUGAAUCAUUUGUGACCGCCACUCACCGGCGUUGAUGACUUUGUUAAGCCGAUAAAAUGUAUUGCUCGGAAGUAUUAGUGUGGUAUUAUAUUAUUAUUA